AUGUCGUCUUCGUCUUCCGCGCUGGCCAAGGGCAAGUCCGCAAUCGGAUCCGCAUCCGGAUCUGCCAAAUUCGAGGCCAAAGGGAAAUCCUCCUCCUCCUCUUCCCCAGCGGCGGCAGCAGCAGCUACCAAGCGUGGAACCGCCGCCGCCACCACCACCACCAGCAGAGGGAGAGGGAAGGGGAGAGGGAAGGCCGACAAGAAGGUCUACUCCUUGCCCGGCCAGAAGUUCGAUCCUCCGGAGGAGAGGGAGCCUCUCAGGAUUUUCUACGAGUCGCUGUCCAAGCAGAUCCCCUCCAGUGAGAUGGCUGAAUUCUGGUUGAUGGAGCAUGGUCUGUUGUCUCCAGAGAGAGCAAAGAAAGCAUAUGAAAGGAAGCAAAAGCGGCAGCAGCAAGUGAGAAUGGGUACCCCAAUCAAGUCUUCUGCAGUGAUGAGAAAAGAUAAACCUGAAAGUUCGAAGAAACCAAGCAUUAUGGAUUCCAAAGCAAAGAGAAGAGUUGAUUACAGUGACGAUGACAAUGACUUCAUUGUGAAAAUGAAGAGAUCCAAGGGAUGA